UUAAGAGCGCCACGGCGCCUCUCAACUCGCGGCAGACAUUUUCAAUGCAAGAUUUUUUUCUUGCAUAAAUUAUGUUCAUGACGUAGUGGCGAAAAGGGCACAUUUCAGGCGAUUCCCACCGACUUUGGGAGCUUGUGAGGCACCCGAAGGCUUUUUUUGGAAGGUGGGAGGGAUGAGCCGACGUGUUGGCAUCGCGGCGAGGCGACGCAAGAGGCCAGAUUCCCCAAAACAUUGCAGCCCUCCUUCUUAUCAAUGCAAAUGGCUUUUGUGUGUGCAGCCACUGCGCCUGUCUGGGAGCUGAGAUGCAUUUUUAAUUAGCUGCGACUGAACCAAACUGUGACAAGGAUCUUUUAGAACCGGAGGAUAGAGGUGUUACAGCCAAGCAAUGAAGCCCCAGGACCCUCCUGUCAGAGAUGCUCCGCUUGCUGUCAACGAGCAGCUGUUCACUGUCUGAGCGCAGAAGUCUUUUUUCAGCCAUUUAAACCCUGCCAUUUGAAAUUCCCUGCCAGAGGCAACCAGGUCAUCGUGAUGUCUGGCCAUGAGACGAUACGCGUCCUAGAGGUUGAGGUUGAUGCGUCUUUGCCUUCAUCGGUACAAGAAGGGAAGAGUAGUGAGAGCAAAAGAGAGGAAGCAGGGGCCCAACGCGAGGGUAGCCGGCCACGAGAUGACCAUGCCGGACCCCAGAACACAGGGGGAGUUGUAGCUGGUAAACAGCAGGCGGCAUCAGGAGAGGCGCCAUGCAAUGCUGUCCAAAGCCUCAGUCCGACUGGACCCAUCAGCGUAUCCUUGGCGCAGCCUCCCGCGGCCACCGUGCCCGUCACUGUGCAAGCUUGUCCGCAGGUUUUGUCACAAGAAAAUCUGGCCACCCUGAUGACUGGCAUGUUGGCCCAGACAGGCUCCCUGGGCCAGCCCUUGCUCAUCCCUAUCAGUAUGGCAGGCUCCAUCGGUGGUCAGGGGGGUCUGGCUGUUCUCACCCUGCCUACCACCAAUGUGGCCACUCUGUCUGGACUUGCCGCCGCUGCCGCCACCCAGCCAGCAAACCUCCUUAAGCUGCCCUUUGCUGGGCUUCAAGCUGCGACGGUUCUCAAUUCAGUUCAGCCUCCGCUACAAACCAGCACGGAGGCGGUGUUCCAGCCUCCAGCAGGUGCCAUACAGCCGGUGCAAACAGCCUUGCAGCAACCAUGCAUUGGCUUGACGUCUCAGUCGACACCAGCCGCGAUCAUUUCGGCUGCUCAAGAGGUCCUGGCUCAAGCCACGCCACCCUCAGCUGUGCACUGCCAGUCCAACAUUUCGGCGGCUGCACUGCAGACGGCAGGACUCGCGAUCAAUCCCGCACUUAUCAACGCUGCAUCGCUGGGAGCGCAGACCCAGUUUCUGAGUUCCCUCACCUCCAGUCCCAUUAUCACCAAUGCCAUGUCCAACAUGGCAGGCAUCACCAGUCAGAUCCUGACCACCACACAAGGACAGGUUAUAGGAACCCUUCCUUUGCUAGUUAACCCAGCUUCCCUGGCUGGGGGGGCCGCCACUUCGACCCUCCCCCUCCAGGGUCUGCAGGUCCAGACGGUCACCCCGCAGUUACUCCUGAACACCCAGGGUCAGAUUUUUGCCGCGGUUGGGAACAGAGCCGCCGCGGUAGCAGCUUCUGCUGCUGUUCUUCCCAAACCCGCUGUCACACCCACACCUUCCAAACCAACCAUCCAGGCACCGGCAACAGCUGCCGCCCAAUUGCCGGUUGUCAUAGCCCCACAGCCGUCGAUACUCAAGAGCACCACCUCGCCAUCCUCAUCGCUCCCCAUCACCUGUGGCGAUAUGGCAAAAGUGGGCCAGCUUGUCAGCAAGACCCAUCAGCCCGCCAGCAGUGAGGAGGGCAUCAAUCUGGAAGAAAUACGAGAGUUUGCCAAGAAUUUCAAAAUCCGUCGGCUCUCGUUGGGACUGACACAGACUCAAGUGGGACAGGCUCUGACUGCUACAGAGGGCCCGGCCUACAGCCAAUCUGCCAUUUGCAGAUUUGAAAAGCUGGACAUCACCCCGAAGAGUGCUCAGAAGUUGAAGCCAGUGUUGGAGAAGUGGCUUGCCGAGGCCGAGCACUGGAAUCAGAAGGGCCAGCAGAAACUGAUGGAAUUUGUUGGCGGCGAGCCGUCGAAGAAACGUAAGCGGCGCACCAGUUUUACGCCUCAAGCAAUCGAAGUCCUCAACUCCUACUUCGAGAAGAACUCGCUGCCGACAGGCCAGGAGAUCACGGAAAUUGCAAAGGAGCUGAACUACGACCGAGAGGUGGUGCGGGUUUGGUUCUGCAACCGGCGACAGACGCUGAAAAACACGAGCAAGAUUAACAUUUUCCAGGUCCAGUAGAAAAUGGAAUCUUGCAAAUUUGACUGUAAAUAUAACAACAUGAAGUUGCAUAUAAUCUAAGAUUCAGUGCAAAUAGAGUACUAAAGUGAGUCUUUGGGGUCCAAGACUGAGUGUAUGUGUGCAUGGUCCUCCUAUUCAUGAUAACACACAGGUAAGUUCCAUAAAUAUGUUUAGUGGCAUUAUCGUUCAUAUUUGAAUACAGUGGAACCUCUAAUGUGGAAGAUACCAGUGUUCUUUUUAGGAAAAUCACCUGCAAGAGUUGCACAAAAUAUCAAAGUCGGAAUGCGAGAUGACUGCGAAGAACCCUGGGGUCAGCUUGUAACAAGAGAAGAGCUGUGGGGCGUAUUUAGCUUUUUCUUUGGCUGUUUGUGGUCAUUUUGAGAUCAGACUCCACUGUCAACACCACAUUUGACAUCACUCGUAUCAAAAGUAGGACUGUUGUUUUACAGUGACAACAUUAUUUUACACUUGUACAACAGUUACAAAUGUUAAACUGUUCCUUUGCCGAUGCCGUUGACAUCAGCAAUGGUAUUUUUAUGGUGACAGUUUAACCAUGGCAUGGGAAAAAAUAAUCCAACUGCGAGUAACUUCAGAGGUUCCACUGUAUCAAGUUUAUUGCUGAUUCCAUUCACGGCUUGUUAGUGCAGCCACAACACAAUCUUGCAACCAGUCAGGGACAAUCAUCUGUUUGGUAUUUUUGAUAAUCAUAAAAACUGAAGUCAACUGUAUUGAUUUUUCUUUUAUAUAUUUUUUUUUUUUUUAAAUAAGUACUUUCAUACUAGUUGUUGAUGUUUGACGUUGCUACGUUAAUUUUAGGCGUUUGCAUACAUGACCACUAAUUGAAAUUUAAGUACAGUUUGCCAUUAAUUUGAAUGAUUUCGUCACAAUGUAUUGCUGGUUUUUGUGCCUUCGCUGUCUUUUUUUCAGUGAUAACAAACCAUGCUCUUCAUCUCAAGUCAGAUGUGUUCUUCGUUUUAUAAAAACAAUUAUUAACAAUUUAACUUUCAAAACCGCCCUACACCUUCCUAUUUUAGAUAAAUACAAUGGUUCCAGUAUAAAUUAAGUUGAUGGAAUUGCGUACGAGUUAUGUGUAAUGUAAAGUUGAGUGAGUGUGUUGCAUGUAAUGGAGGAUUUUUCCCCCCACUUCUAACUGUCAGUUAUGUGUAACUUUUAUGUUAAUUGUCAAGGAUUCUUUGCACUUUAUUAACACCUGAGGGGGUUAAAACAUUUUAUGAAUUAUUUUCUACUGCAAAAAUGACAGCCAUGUUGAGGGGCUUUAUGUAUAUCUGACUUUACAGUCUUUCGAUAUUGAAAUGUAGCAACAUUCUCAACACAGAGCAGUUACUGUUGUGCAGAUUAAAUAUGAAUCAUGGUAGAUCUGAUGAUGAAAACAAAAUGCCAUACAAUAGGCAAAUUUAGUUUUUUGCUAUUCUGAGAUCAUACGUCUAUUAGAUGCUAAAUACGCUUCAUUUUGCUUGAGAUGUGCUUUAUAGAAAGAUGAAAUGUUGUUAAAUAACAUUCAACUAAACUAUAAACAAACUAAAUAUGAGAAAUAUGGUAUCUAUAACUUAUUUUGCUUGACUGGAAUGGCAAGCCUUUGCAAGAAGUGAGGAUUUGUUUUUUUUUUGUAAAAUGUAAAUAAACUGUCUUUACUAAUUAA